AUGGAAGGAUUAACGGCGCUAGUUAGAAAAUCGGUGUUUAUGGGGGACUUCAAACAUUUUAACUACGGAGUAGAGGAGAAGGUGGAUAUUUUACAAUUCGCGGAUGACACUAUCAUUCUAGCUGAACCGUCUAGUGACAAUCUUUGGCAUUUGAAAGCUUUGUUGAGAGGUUUCGAGUUUGUUUCGGGGUUGAAAACUAAUUUCUCCAAAAGUUACGCUUGUGGUGUUAAUAUUGGUGAUUGGUUUAUGAACUCCGCAACUUCUUUUCUCGCUUGUAAAAAAGGAGAUAUUUCUUUCUUAUUCUUAGAAAUCUUGGUGGGUGCGAAUCCUAGAAGGAGGAAGGUGUGGGUUAAGGUGAUUAAUAACAUCAAAGGUAGACUUUCCUCUUGGAAAGGUAGAAAUAUAUCGAUUGGUGGUAGAGUGACGCUCAUUAACGUGAUCUUAAACGCUAUUCCCUCAUUUCAUCUAUCUUUCUACAAAGCGCCGGGUGUGGUCCUAAAAGAGAUUAGAAGUAUCUUAAGCAAUUUUUUAUGGAGUGGUAACGUGAGCAAAAGGAGCAUUCAUUGGGUUAAUUGGGAAACUGUUUGCAAGCCUAAAGAUAAAGGCGGUUUAGGCGUUAGAGAUGUGAGGGAGAUUAAUAAAGAGCUUCUUCUUAAGUGGAAAUGGAGGAUCCUAAAGGAGGACAAGGCUAUUUGGUGUAAUUUCUUGGAUUUGAGAUACAACGGAUCGAAACUUAAAGUGCAAAAGUCUAGAGGGUUUCUGCUGCUUUCUCAGUUUUCGGAUUUAUAUGAAUUCUCUACCAACAAACUUUGUACAGUUUCUGCUGCUUUCUCUCGGGACAAUGAUGCAACAUUUUGGCAUUCAACUGUAUCAAUGGUGUAG